CAUAAAAUCCAAUUUAUCCUCAGAUCCUUGCGGUGUCCAAGGAUAACGCUCCACAUGAAUCUCUUCACAUCCUUCGCUGCCAACAAUGCCCUGUGGGUGAUGUGGUACAGGCUGGUCGUCCCUUAUCCUGAGAUCGUUCGCAACAACGGGGUCGGCUGCCAGCUCCUCCACGUGGUGCUCCACUACUUCCUGCUGACCAAUUACUCGUGGAUGUUGGCCGAGGGCUUCUACCUGCACACUCUACUCGUAUCCGCCUUCAUCUCCGAGGAGCGCUGGUCAAGUGGCUCACGGGUCUCGGGUGGACUCUACCCGCUCUCUUCAUCCUGGUCUAUACCGUCCUGA